AUGGUCGUUUUAGCCGCAUCAAUCGUAACCAAGAGCGGAAAAGCCGUAAUUUCUCGCCAAUUUCGUGAGAUGCAGCGUUCUCGCAUUGAGGGUCUCUUGGCAUCCUUCCCAAAGCUCACCAGCACUGGUCAUCAACACACAACAGUCGAGACUGAGCACGUUCGUUAUGUCUAUCAACCCCUGGAUGAUCUCUUUAUUGUCCUGAUCACCAACCGUCAGUCCAAUAUUUUGCAAGAUAUCGAGUCACUUCACUUGUUUGCACGUGUGGUAACAGAUAUUUGCCGUUCGACUGAUGAGCGUGAUAUCUUGAGCAAGUCUUUUGAGUUGUUGUGUGCUUUUGAUGAAAUUAUCUCGGAGGGUUACCAGGAGAAUGUUAAUCUGGCUCAGGUUAAAAGUAUUAUUGAGAUGGAGAGUCAUGAAGAAAGAAUCCAAGAAAUUAUUGCUAGAAACAAGGAACAGGAGGCAAAGGAAGAGCUCAAAAGACGUGCAAAGCAAUUCGAGAUGCAGAAAAAAGAGGCUGCCAAGCGUGGCCAGGGAUUCAUGCAGGGAAACUUCAGUGCCAACAAUUAUAUGGGUGGACAACACUCACCUUCUAUUGAUCCAACCAUCCAGACUUCUGUCGAGUCAUCGACAAUGUCUUUUGGAAGAUCAUCCACACCCCCUGUUACUUCCAAGGCCAAGGGAAUGCAAUUGAGCCGUAAGCCAAAGACAGCGGAUCUUUUUGAGGCCAUCAAGACAGAGGUUGAGCCUGUAAGAGCUGUACCCAGUGCAUCUAGUGCGCCUACAAAUUCUACUGGUUUUGCCAAACACCAGGAAAGUGUUCACAUUGAUAUCGAGGAACGUGUUUCUUUGGCUGCCAACAAGGAUGGUGGAUUAGAACAAAUGGAUAUCAAGGGUGUUUUGACUCUCCGUGUGGUUGACAAUGCUAGUGCACGUGUACGCAUUUCUAUCCGUGCCACUGAAGAUUCUGCUAUCCAGUUUAAGGUAAGCCACAUCUAUAUAGAUACCCAUCCAAAUGUAGACAAGGUUGCUUUCAAGAAUGAAAAUGUUGUACAAAUGCGUGAUUUAGCAAGACCAUUUCCUACAAAUCAAAACCUUGGCGUUGUCAAGUGGAAGUACACUACUCGUGAUGAGACUGCUGUCCCAUUGUCUGUCACUUGCUGGCCUUCCCCUGCUGGCGAUGGCACUUGCGAUGUGAACGUUGAGUAUGAACUUGAGGCAGAUCAUCUUGAGUUGCGUGAUGUAGUAAUCUCUGUACCUCUUCCUGCUCAACCUAUUGCCAACGUCAACCAUGUCGAUGGCUCUUACUAUGUGGAUCAUGAACGUCAUGUAUUGGAGUGGAGACUUCCUGUAGUUAGCAGUGCCAACAAAUCGGGUUUGUUGGAGUGUAACAUCCCUGGUGACAAUGCUGAUUCUUUCUUCCCUGUUAUGGUAUCAUUUGUGAGCGACAAGCUUAUCUGUGAUGUUGAUGUGUUGCAAGUUCAAAAUCUGGAUACAAAUACCCCGGCCUUAUUCUCUAAAGAAGUAUUACUUGUAGCAGACGACUAUAUUAUCGGUUGA